CCGUGGCAAGAAGUUAGUGCAUAAGACAAACUAAACGGACCGAAGACACACAAUCAUUGUUUUCUUUAACUGUCUUGAAUUCCCUGUUCAUGUUGCCUCUUCUCUUGGCAGCCUUCCAUCUGUUUGAAAAGCUACCUUCUGUCUUGCCUGAGAGCUGCUUAUUGAUCUUUGUGGGACUGAUCAUGGGUGGGAUCAUUUACGGCCUCAAUGACAAAUCCCCUCCGGUCAUGGACAGCGACAUCUUCUUCCUCUACCUCCUUCCACCCAUUGUCUUGGACGCCGGAUACUUCAUGCCCAGCCGCCCCUUCUUCGAGAACAUUGGGACCAUCCUCUUGUACGCUGUGGUGGGGACGAUAUGGAACGUCUUUGGGAUUGGGUUCUCGCUCUACGGGAUUUGCCAAGUGGAGACUUUCCAGCUGAGCGACAUCUCUUUGCUCCACAACCUUUUGUUCAGCAGUUUGAUUGCGGCCGUGGACCCUGUCGCUGUCUUGUCCGUCUUCGAAGAGAUACAUGUGAACGAAAAGCUUCACAUUUUGGUCUUUGGAGAAUCCCUCCUCAACGAUGCUGUAACAGUUGUCUUAUACAAGCUGUUCAGGUCCUUCUGCGAAAUGCCAUCGAUCAAAACGGCGGAUGUGUUUGCAGGAAUUGGGAAAUUCUUUGUGGUCGGGAUCGGCGGGGUCUUGGUUGGCCUCCUGUUUGGCAUGAUCGCCGCCUUCACCACACGCUUCACCAACAACAUCCGCGUCAUCGAGCCCCUCUUCGUCUUCCUCUACAGCUACCUGUCUUACCUGACGGCAGAAAUGUUCCACCUCUCUGGCAUCGUGGCAAUCAUUGCUUGUGCAAUGGGCAUGAAACGUUACGUGGAGGCCAACAUCUCCCUGAAGUCCCACACAACUAUUAAAUACUUCAUGAAGAUGUGGAGCAGCGUCAGCGACACCCUCAUUUUCAUCUUCCUCGGAGUCUCCACCAUCGGUGACAAUCACGAAUGGAGUUGGUCCUACAUUUGCUUCACAGUCAUUUUCUGUCUCCUUUGGAGAGCAUUAGGAGUUCUUGUCCUGACUUUCAUCAUAAACAGAUUACAUGUGAAUACUGUGACAUCCAAGGACCAGUUCAUUAUCGCUUAUGGUGGCCUCCGAGGAGCCAUCUGUUUUUCUUUGGUUUUCUUGCUCCCCGACUUUCCGAGAAAGAAGCUCUUUAUCGCUGCAACAACCGUUGUUAUCCUUUUCACUGUUUUUGUACAGGGUAUGACCAUUCGCCCCCUUGUUGACUUGCUGGAUGUCACCAGAGAACAAGAAAGUGCUCCCACCGUAGGAGAACAAAUUCACAUCCGGUUCUUGGAUCAUUUGUUGGCUGGCAUAGAAGAUAUAUCGGGUCACUGGGGACAGUAUUAUUGGAAAGACAAGUUGGAAUACUUCAACAGCAAAUACCUACAGAAGUUUUUGCUCCGGGAAUAUGUGCAACCUAAGUCAAGCAUUGUGCUGCUCUAUGAGAAACUGGAGCGGAAGCAUGCCAUUGAGCUUGCAGAAGCAGGACAACUCAUCUACGGGCCAGCCCAUACUUCACUGCUCAACAGUGACAAACCUGCCUCCACAGUCAAUGACUCGGAGAGCCUCACCAUAGAUAUGGUGGAUGACAUCCAAAAGAUAUUGGAGAGGAACCUGUACAAAACAAGGAGAACGGUGCCGGCAUAUAACAGGCAUACUCUUCCUGGAGAAACGGAACCGGUGGAACAAGCAAAGCAGAUUCUGAUCCUCAGACAGAAGAGCUGGCAGGUCCAUAUGAACAGCAGUGACUCUGAUCACUUGAGCAAAGAGAAGGAUGGAUCCUAUUCAUUGGAUGGUGGGACUAGCCCCAAACUCAAGUUGUGCAGGUCCCUAACUGCCAAACAUUCCAGGAAAGCCCCAAAUGUAAAAUCCAACCGGUCAAGAUCAGUGGGUUUUAUCAUACCUCUGCAGCGAGAUUCUUCCCAGCGGAUUAAUGAUGACGAAACAGCCAAAAGCCCUAUUUCAGAGGAAAAGUGACAUUGUACCACUAUUGGCUUUUCUUUUCUUCCCAUUUUGCUUGUAUUUAUAUCUAUAUAUUUCUUUCUUGAAUUUGUAGACAUCAUAGAAACAGUACAGUACAAUACCUGUACAUAUGGAGGAUAUCUUCCUGAACUUACCAUAGAAACAGGAAAAUGACUUCUGGACAUUAGGAAUAAGAAUCCUGUGGCCUCACAGAUAUUGUUGACCAAUAUCAACAAUGUUGAAGGAGUGGUAGUUUAAUACCACAUUAACUGCUAUGGCUCAAUGCUACAAAAGCCUGGGAAUUGUGGUUCAGUGAGUUGCCAAAAAGUGCUGGUGUCACAACAGAUCUCAGCAUUCCCUAGGAUGGAGCCAGGGCAGUGAAAGUGGCAUCAAACUGCUAUAACUCUGCAGUGUGGAUGUUCACUAAGAGAUGCAGUGAGUGGAUCUGUAGGAAGAUUUUGGUUUCAUUUCGUCUUCCCUCACCAUCUGUCAAACAUCAUGAACAGAGCAGUGUUGCAUAAUGGUUACAGUGUGAGACCAGAAUUGGUCAGGGAUUUCAUAUGGGACAGUCAUGUUUUCUUGUAAGUGUUAAGAUGUGCUUUCUUCUAUGCACAGUAUGUAUAUCUGUAAAUAAACUAAAAAAUAC